UCUCGUUCCUAUCACUAACAAACAGUGGCAGUUUGGUUUCCACUGGCAGGAAGGGAGAAGAUUGGUUUGAAUCUGCUCACAGAUGAGUCUGUUCAGGAUGCACUGAAGCCUUCAUGAACGUUAUUUCAACUCAUUUUUUGAGGGGGCAGCACUGAGCCUGGCAUUCAAUUGUUCAGCAAAUUGACAAGAUGAAGGAUGUUAUGUCUUCUGUGACCUUGCAUCCACUCUGGUGGAUCUUUUUUCUGAUUAUCAGUGUGCAGCUACAGUGCAUCAGUGCGGCUGAAAUCAAGGAUCCAUGUAAAGGCAGGGACUGCUCACAAUGUCAGUGCCUUCCUGCCAAAGGUGCACAGGGGCUUCCAGGUAGGAUUGGUCGGCAAGGUCCUCGUGGACCAAUGGGACCAAGGGGGCUUGAAGGGCCACCUGGAGAAAAUGGAAGGAAAGGAUCAAUGGGAUCAUAUGGCCCAGAUGGGCCAAAAGGUGACAGUGGUGAGACAGGGCUUCCUGGGUUCAUGGGUCAUGAUGGGUCACCUGGUCACCCUGGUGCUGGUGGUGAGCCUGGUCUGCCUGGUGUAGAUGGCUGUAAUGGCACAAGGGGUAAACCAGGAAUACCUGGUUUUCCAGGUUUGGAUGGACUUCACGGUCCACCGGGAUUAAAAGGCCGUAAAGGUGAUAAAGGAGAACCUUUGUACGAUGCUCCACUUCCAGGUCUACCUGGGGAACGUGGGAUAGAUGGAGAACCUGGUUUGCCUGGAAUACCUGGAGACAUUGGACGUAAAGGCCAGCCUGGUCCCCCUGGCCCUUCUGGGCCUCAGGGUUUGGACGGACCUAAAGGUGUGAGAGGACAGCCAGGCGACCCAGGAAGAUCACUCGUCGGUGAUAAAGGUGACGAUGGUGAGCAAGGUCCUCCUGGCCCACAAGGAGCUGAAGAAGUUGUAGAAUUUCCUCCAGAUUUCCUUCCCCCUAAAGGUGUCAAGGGAGAUAAAGGCCUUCCUGGAAUAUGUGGUCCAAGAGGAGAAACGGGUGUUCCAGCAAAACCGCACGGUCACGAUAUUAAAGGCGAACAAGGAAUCCUCGGAUUUCCCGGCGCUAGGGGUUUUCCCGGACAGCCUGGUAGAGAAGGACGGACAGGAGCUGGGGGUUCUCCUGGAAACAUAGGACUUCCGGGCCUUAACGGUAGAAAAGGAGAAAAGGGAUAUCCAGGAGAUCAAGGUCUACCUGGUCCUUUGCUGAAUCACAGUGAUAGUUAUGUGAGAGGUGCUAAAGGAGACCGUGGAUAUCCAGGUGCUCCAGGAAUCCCUGGGGACCCAGGGCACAUGGGCAGGCCUGGGCCUCCGGGUCCACCAGGGUUACCAGAAGGACGCGGAUUGCCCGGUCCGCCAGGUCCCUUUGGAGAAAAGGGCAACAAGGGAGAACCAGGAAGCUACGAUGAGAAUGAAAUUGGCCUCUUUCCAGGACUUAAGGGAGCAAAAGGACUUCCAGGGGCUAAAGGGUUCCCAGGUCUCCCAGGUCCUCCAGUGUUUUGGUUUGCCAUCAUCUUUGUCUCCCUUAAUGCCUCAGAUUAUUACUGUGAGCCUGGUUCUCCUGGGCAGCCUGGUGACAAUGGAUCCAGAGGACCACACGGAAACAAAGGGCUGACAGGAAUUAAAGGUUGUCCAGGAGAAUGUGAAUGCAUUCCUGGUAGGGGUACUGAAGGCCCUCCUGGUCCUCCUGGUUAUCCAGGCCUCCCAGGGUUACCGGGAGCUCCGGGACCCAAAGGAGAUCCAGGACUGAUGGGCAAUGAAGGCUCAAGAGGCCCACAUGGUGAUCAUGGAACUCCAGGUUCAAAAGGAAGAAAAGGUCAGAAAGGAGAAUCUGUUGUGGUGGGAAAUAAAGGUGCAAAAGGUAAUCCAGGAGAACCUGGAUAUGUUGGUCCUCCUGGGCAUCCAGGUAGACCUGGACAGGAUGGCAUACCUGGUACCUUGGGAGAACCUGGACCACCGGGUGCAGGGUAUGAAGGAUUGCCUGGUCCCAAAGGCUACCCUGGUUCUCCGGGACCAAAGGGAUUUCCAGGAACUGUGGGCCCUCCUGGCUCUGGUUUUCCAGGCUCAGCCGGGCUACGUGGAACUCCGGGAAAUCAGGGUUUUCCGGGAGUACCAGGAAUCCCUGGCAAACCAGGGCCUCCAGGUGACCCGUGCUGCCAUAAAGACCAGGUUGGCCCACCAGGUCCUAAGGGAGAGCCAGGUGAAUCAGGGAUUCUGGGUCAGCCAGGAAGAGACGGUUUUCCAGGAACUCCAGGACCCCCUGGCCACAAAGGCAUGAAGGGAGAAGAUGGUGGAACUGGAGGGACUGGACCACCAGGGCCGCCAGGUGUAGAUGGAGAGCCAGGAGAACCUGGUCCCAGGGGAAUUGGUCUAGAUGGCCCUCAAGGCCUUCCUGGGUUACCUGGACCAUCAGGCAGAAAGGGUGCCCCUGGAGAUGUCCUCUCUGCUUGGCCAGGUCCUACUGGAGCACCAGGACCUCGUGGAACUUUGGGGGUUAUGGGGGUUCCUGGAACUCCUGGAAGUCCAGGAUCACCAGGCACACAAGGCCAACCAGGGCCUCAAGGACGUAAAGGAGAGCCUGGGGACAAUGGUGACCAUGGAGCGACUGGUCCACCAGGCCCACCCUGCACUGAAUGUGAUGUGACAAGUCCACCAGGCCCUCCAGGUCCUCCUGGUCGCCCAGGAACAAGAGGAAUAUCAGGUUAUCCUGGUCAGAAAGGGGGGAGAGGAGAAACAGGUCCUCCUGGGCGUGGACAAAAAGGUUCAAAAGGUUUACCCGGUCCUUCUGGUGGUCCAGGCCUAGCAGGAAAACGAGGCCCCGCUGGACCCCCUGGGGAACCUGGUAAUGAUGGUUUUCCAGGACAGAAAGGAGAGAAAGGUUACCCUGGCAGGGCUGGACCUAAUGGAGUACCAGGAUCUCCUGGACGUCAGGGGUUAAGAGGUCAAAAGGGAGAAAGAGGAUUUCCAGGUCAUGCUGGUGAAUCGGGAUUUCAAGGCCUGCCUGGCAGAAAAGGUGUUCCAGGACCCAGAGGACCAUCAGGGCCCUCACUGACUGUAAAUGUAACAAAAGGCCAUCCAGGAUUUCCUGGAAGGAGAGGGACACCAGGACAGCCAGGACUUCCAGGCUCAAAUGGUCAAAAGGGCAUGAAAGGCGAUUCGGGGCCUGAUGGAUGGCUUGGUCCACCAGGAUUAUCGGGACUUGCUGGUGCUCCAGGCAGGCCAGGAGUGCCAGGACCCCCUGGAUUUCCAGGAAUUAAAGGUUUCCCAGGUCCUAGGGGAUAUCCUGGAAAUGAUGGAGAAACGGGAGAUCCAGGUCUUCCGGGAGAAGUAGGUAUCCCCGGGCCUCAGGGAUACCCUGGUGUCAAGGGUGAUCCAGGAGAGUUUUAUGGGGAACCUGGUCCUCAAGGGCCCAAAGGAUCACCAGGUGAAGAUGGACCCAUUGCACCUAAUGGUCAUCCAGGAGAUCCAGGUAACCCAGGACCCAGAGGAAGACCUGGGCAACCUGGUGUUCCUGGGAUCCCGGGAGAAUCAGGACGACCAGGAGGGCCAGGCUUUCCUGGACCUCGUGGUCCAUCAGGUCGUCUGGGUUUUCCAGGUCCUCCAGGUGAUCAAGGAGGUGUGGGACUGCCAGGCCCACCUGGCCUAUAUGGGCCUCCAGGGCCAACUGGACCACCAGGUCUGGAUGGACUAGAUGGGCUGAGGGGUCCAAAAGGGAUGAAGGGAUCAAGUGGAACUGAUAUUCCUGGUCCACCUGGGCCAAAUGGUCCUCCUGGAGAAAAAGGUGUCAGGGGCUUCCCAGGGCCUCCAGGAGCCACAUAUCCUGGGCCUAAGGGUGAAAGGGGGCCACCAGGAAACUCAGGUCUUCCAGGCCUGCCAGGUGAACCUGGUUAUCCUGGAACAUCAUGCCAAACACCUUUGCAUGGAUCCCCGGGAGACAGGGGCUAUGAAGGACCUCCGGGACCCCCUGGUCCUCCAGGAGCUCCUGGGGUCCCAGGUACCAAUUAUUUUUCUAAAGGUGACCCAGGACCAGUUGGUCCUCCUGGAUUACCAGGAUGUAAGGGAGAUAAAGGCCUUCCAGGACCUCCUGGACCUCCUAACCAUUAUGGCCGCCUAGGACCAAAGGGGGAACAAGGACCUCCUGGUCCAAGGGGCCCCUCAGGUCACAAAGGUCAACGUGGUGUACCUGGGCCCCCAGGUCAUAAGGGAGAUAGAGGGCCUACUGGAGAAACAGGUGUUAAAGGAAAACCUGGGGACUUAAUAGAUGACAAAACAGAAAAGGCACCACAAGGACUCCCAGGACCACAAGGAGCCCUGGGACCUGCAGGGGUUGCUGGUGAAGUGGGCCCACCUGGGCCCCCAGGAUGGAAGGGAGGCAAAGGUCCUAAAGGAUUCAUGGGCCUUCCAGGCCAACCAGGUCCUCCUGGUUUAAAUGGUCUGGUUGGAGACCCAGGAAACAUUGGGGUGCCAGGAUUCACUGGGCCUCAAGGUACCCCUGGACCUCCUGGUGAUCAAGGUGAGCCAGGCUACAGAAGGUCACGAAGGUCGACUUUUCUUUUGGUUAUCCACAGCCAGUCAGUCCAGACUCCCGAGUGCCCUGCUGGCAGCACCCGCCUUUGGGUGGGAUACAGUCUUCUUUACCUAGAAGGCCAGGAAAAGGCUCACACACAAGAUCUGGGUCAGCCUGGCUCUUGCCUUUCGGUUUUCUCCACCAUGCCAUUCUCCUAUUGUGACAAAGCUGCCUGCUACUACUCUAGUCGCAAUGACAAAUCCUACUGGCUCUCCACCACGGCUCCCAUACCCAUGAUGCCACUCUUUGGCGCAGAAAUAAGCUUCCAUAUAAGCCGGUGUGCAGUGUGUGAGAUGGUUUUUCCAGCAGUGGCAUUUCACAGUCAGGCUCAAGUGGUUCCUUCAUGCCCACCCGGCUGGAGGAGUUUGUGGACAGGUUACUCUUUUCUCUUGCACACAGGGGCAGGCGACGAGGGUGGUGGACAGUCAUUGACUUCUUCGGGAAGCUGCCUUAAGGAUUUUAGAACUCACCCAUUUAUUGAGUGUCAAGGCGCAAGAGGCUCCUGCCACUACUUUGCAAACCUGUACAGUUUCUGGCUGACCACCGUGAGUGAGAUGGGAGACUUUAUUCAUGCAAAGCCUGGCAUAAUCAAAGCAGCUGAUGAGCAGCGACGCAAGGCCAGCCGCUGUAACGUCUGCCUCAGAGAACAAUAACGUCAGCUCUACCUGCAUUCAUUUGAAGAAAAGGUUGAAAUGUUCCAUGAAUCAGGUUUAAAGAUGGUGUUUAACCCUUUAAGACCGGCGGGAGCGUCAGUGCUGCCAUUUGCAUAUCUGUGCUCAAAUGCUUGUAGAACUGAAACUAUAUAAGACAGAACAAACAUUUUUUGCAUAUUAAACCGGAGGAGUUACACUUAUAUCUCACACACUGAACAUGUCCAAGAGCGCUGCAUAUUUCCGCUAAUGAGUUUGCAACAAACAACCAAAAUGCGCAAAUAAGAAAAGCGUUUUCACUCAGACACAGACGCUGUGUUGUUCAGAUCUGCAGCUCACAGGGCUUCACACGCUAGAAUAAACAUCAUCACAGUGUCAACGUGAACUGUCACAUGAUUCCCUCACUCACCCAAUCACCUGCUUUGAUGUCAUUUUCCCGUGAAUUGUAGUUCUUUGUAGUCCUAGUCUUUCAGCUUGUUCUUGUGCUUUUUCGCAAUAAUACGUUUAGACAAACACAUCCUACACACAUCACACACCCACUACAAACUCCCGACACACACACACACACACACACACACACACACACACACACACACACACACACACACACACACACACACACACACACACACACACACACACACACACACACACACACACACACACACACACACACACCACUACGAACGUUUUGAUGAAUCACGGACCCACCAAACGGUACAUCUUCCCUCCUUGAAGCAGUUGACGCCAUUACAGCGCCGGAGGAUGUUUAAGUUUCACUUUCAGUUUCCUCGCGUAUAUAUCCAUGCACAAUUCUUCAUUAUUGUUAUUACUAUUAGUGAGAGAAAAGGAAAACUAUACACUACUACAAAAUUUAGCUACGAAUAUUCAAUAUUAUUAUGUUAGACUCCGGCAGAUUAUUUUCAGAGAUUGUUUCAGUUUAUAUAAAUGAGUGUGUCUCAGAAUCUAUUUUAUGGAGGCACUUCAAAUAAAUUUGUGGUUGAAAGGA